AUGGGUGACUCGUUGGGCUUUGACGACGGCCGCCUUGCGAAGCGCGUCAGGCUCCUCUCGUCGCCAGAGCUUCACCACAAUCGUGAGACCAAGGCGUCUUCUCAACAACAUGCGCAGCAUCCGCCGCCACCCUUGCAACUGCAGCAACGAGAACACCAGCCUUGCUCUUCCUCUUAUGAGAAGCAACAGGGCCAGCCAUCGUCAUUGCACGCAGACCCCCAGCCCCAGCAUAUUCCCCCUCCUCCGACAGAGUAUGUUGCUGCUUCUGCACCCUCCACAGGCAUUGCCAUGGUAGGUUUACACGCCGCAGACGACUGGAGUAGGAAUAAUCCUUGGUCGAAAGAGCCUAUAUUCGACCCAGCAUGGGAGUGGCCCGCGUCCGCCACCGUCUUGGCUCCCCCUUCAUCUCAUCUCCAGCUCGGUGCUUGCAGAAACAGCCUCGAAACCGGGCAUAUGCCCCCAACGCCGUCGCCGUCGACUACCUAUGGAACCUCCCCAGCAGCGGCCACGGCCUUGUACGCACCCUCAGUCAUACCUACGACGUCACAACUCGACUCUCCUCCUGCGGUCUCUUCAGAAUCUCUCUACUCUUCUCGUCCUACGCAAUUCGAGGCUGCAUUUACACCACCAAUUCCUCGACCUUCACUUCCUAGUGACGACUUCCCAGUGCCCUCGUCAGGGAUCGUAGGCGAUGACCAUCCCCCUCCUCAAUGUAGCCACGCUUCCGGCCAAGCUGCUUUUCAUAGUCCCUUCAGAGACUGCAUUGGCACCUUUGGACUAUACAAGUCUCAGUUCUUCAGCCGCCCUAUAGACGGCAAGGUGAAUGGGUAUAUCAAAUUCUCCUGGCCGAAAGAGAAGCAUGGAAAGCAGCGCUCAAUUGGGCGCAAGUCUUCAAUUCCCGACGCCACCAGAGUCAUUGAAAUUGAUGGUUCUACAGAGGCAAACGACGAGUUGACAUCUCAGUCUUCGACCUCCUUCAUUGGCCCCUCCCCAGUGUCUUCAAAAGGUGGGGAUGACUUGCUGGAACUGACGGUCGAUUUAUCAAGUUUUGCCAAUCAACCGUCAAUCCAAAAUUUUACCUUUCACACUCCAGUCUGGCUCACUUCGUCUCCUGUCUCCAAUUCUUCUCACGAAGUUGCUUGUAUGGGGGCGCCGAAGAUGCUACCAUCUCAAUAUGGGUAUGAGGCUAAAAUGGACGAGACUGAUAGACGGUUUUGGAUGUUCUAUAUUCGAAACUGGUGUCCGGGUCGCAGUGUAUUGGAAGAUACAAACCUGUGGCUGAGGGAUUUCGCCCAAAUGCACAAAAGCGUUGGUGUCCGAUCGGCCAUCCAGAGUCUAGCCGGCAUUUAUAUCUACGAUUAUUUGCCCCUGGAGUCUAUUCGCAAUAGAGUCAACCAACGUUUCUUCGACGCUGAGGAGAGAUUUUCCCAACUUCUCAACGACCCAAUGACUGCCAGAGAUGAAUCGCAGGCAAAUGAGCUAAUCACAAUUGCUGUCAUUCUCUCCAUGCAAGAUAUCGUCUUAACAGAACGUCGCCUGAAAAAGCCAUUUUCUCCCCGUUGGCUGCAAGGAUUCCGUCAGGGAGAACAAUUUCUUCAAGCAACCGAUCAUGGGUCGCGAUUUUGGAAAUCAUCAAAUGUACAGUCAUCAUCUUUACGAAACUCGCAAUCCAUUAUUGUUGGCCGCGCAGUUAUUUUAGCCCAGCCCAUGUCCUCAUUACCCCCUCCACGCAAAUUCGACGCCCAGAAAGAAGCGUCCCGAUUUGGCUGGCUUCUCUAUGGCACAGAAAAAGACAUGUACCAGAUCCAUGGUGGCUGUGGAUUUUCAAAGAAGUUGCUGCAUGUGCUUAACCAAGUAACAUAUUGUGCUGCACGGUUACAGCAAGAACCAGAAAGUCCCAUUGUUCCAAUGACAGCGGAUUAUUUGCAGAGGGAGCUUCUCCAGAUGAGACAAUGGAGCCCUGAAUCAAAGAGCUUGGAGGCUGCACAAUCUGGGCCAUCCGUCAUUGAUUGGGUUCGUUCUUUAUCAGAGAACUACCAGAUUGACACAAACGCAUUCAUGACAGAUGUCACCGCGGAAGCUUGGCGUUUUGCUGCCAUCAUUUACCUGCAAUGUCGUGUGAUGCGGUUGUCUCGCAACCACCCAGACGUGGUAUCGAAUUUGGAUGACCUCGCAAAAUGCAUUGCGAUCAUGCCUACAUCGGGAAGCCAAUUUACAGCCCAGGCACCGCUAUUCCCAGUAUUUUUGUUGGGCAUGCUGGCAACUACGCCAGAGCAUAAAGCCGUUUCAGGGAAUUGGUUCGACGAGGUUCUGCAGACCCCCGUAAGGAGUAGCGUUCCACCCUUGCAUACAGCACUUAAGCACAUUUGGGUCUGGAUUGAUAAAGAAAUCCCUGUUGCAUUACUACCUCAUCUCGAGACAAAUCAACCCAUCCACCUUCGACACCCUUGGUGGGAACGACUUGUGACCCUUGUCCAGCAACAAGAGCAAGAAGUCCUCUGCCUGACAUAA